GCUGGGUUUACUUGCUCGUCCUUCAGUGGUAUAUAAACACAAUUGGGAAUUGGAGGGAGACACAGGCACUUGUUCCUAUAACAGUCUGAUUUAUAGAUGGUUUCUGUUGCACUUAGGUUAGAUCAUUGCAUGCACAACGUCUUGGAUGUGAUCAACAGUGCUGGCUGGCUACUGGAUGCUGCUGCUGGAGAUGAGAGUUGGAGUCUGGUCCAUCUGGAAGAAGAGCUACAUUAAAUGCCUGUUGUGAGAUUUAGCCCCUAAGCAGUCAUUUCCCUUUUGUCAAUAUGACAGUCAGAUGAGGACAUGGAAACACAGUGCCAGCCUUCAAGGCGAGUGGAUGAGGAUCAGAUUUGCAAAACAUCAAUGCAAAGAGAGGAGGAUCAUCCCUGCCCUGAGCCCCUGAACUCCUGUUGUUAAUCAGAGACCCUGUCUCCAAAAUUGAGAGGCGAUAUUAAAGGGGAGAUAACGGCCAGCAUCAAUUGCCAACUAAAAGCCUAGUGCAAAGGAAAACCCUGGGCUCCGGCUUGCUGCCCUCUAAGCCUGCUAUGGAUCACCUCCGUCGAGUCCAAGUAACUGGGAGAUGGUACAUUUUGUGUUUCAUGGAUACCUAACGAGAUUCAUUCCUUGCUGACAUUGCCAGACUCCAAACUGCCUGCAGGAGGAGGCUGGAGACAAGUCAUGGGAGGAUCAGUGUUUACACAGUGAUGGCUUCCUGGCACGCCAACGUGUUACCUGCAUAUGUCACUAGGCCAAAUCCCCGUCCACAUCCAAUGAGAUCCAUCAUCAUAUUGACUGUGGUGAAAUGAAGUGGAGGGUCUCAGGAGGGAAGCACAAAACACAUCGCUGAUCCCCCACCCGCUUGGCAAAAGAGUUUAUCGCAGCAUUACAUCCCCAAGGCCUUCCAAGCGGAUUUAAAAAAAACAAAAAAAAAAAAAACAAUUUUAUUGAGCUGUGAUUCAUGAAACCGCUGGCACAUGUGGAGUUUGGCAACUGGUUUUGCUUCUAGGACAAAUACCUGGAGAGAUAUAAUGUGGCUGCUUUUACACGACUUGUCUGUUUGUUUAUUCACCGGCUCCUAAUUCCUACAGCACAAUUUGGCUUUAAGGGAGCUCUAGGGACAUUUUUUAACCUGUUUCUUGGGGCUGCCCCCUCUUCUGCCAACUGGCACGUCUCAAGUGAUUGUUUUCUGUGCACCCCUCUGGCGAGUUGGUUUCACCUGCCCAGAGCUCCAACACUUCCUGUUGAUUUCUCCUCACUUGCAAAGGCGGGAGAAUACCCUUGAGACAAUGAAGGCGUUUUUUGCCUUCAUUUUUGUUUUCAUGACCUUGCACGGCUGAUUCAGGUGACUACUGAGGGAACUGAGGGACAAAAACACUGGAUUAAGUUUGAAUAUCUUAAAGACUUCUUUUUUUUUUUUUUGCCUCGGGUGCCACCAUGUCAGGGUGGUACAGUCCACUCAGCAGUCUCCCUGCCACACAGUAAAUAGUGACAAGAACGCGCGCCUCCCAGCAGCAGAGAUGGAGGCUGCCAUGGUGAGCGUGGACAGCUCCGGCUGUAGCAGCCACCUGCCUUACGGAUAUGCUCAGGCGCGCGCCCGCGAGCGGGAACGCCUGGCGCAUUCCCGCGCCGCGGCGGCGGCAGCUGCUGGAGAAGGCGCGAACUCGGGGGGCGGCGCUUGUCAAGGGGCUGGGCGCGCUCCCGCCACUCAGAGCAGCGGUGGCGCUGGAACGAACGCUCGACGCGCGCCUCAGAGCCAAGUGCAAGAGGAGCAGGAGGAGAAGUCAUCGCAGAAAAAGAAAAGUGCCAGGCGGAGGUACUGGCCACUUAGCGGCUGCAACAGGUGGAGGAGCCGGCACAACGAAUGCAGCGGAGGCGCUGGAGGAGGAAGAGCAGGAGGAGAAGACGACGGCACCUUCCCCUCGGAGCUGGGUACAUGCGGCUCUGAGGAGAUGAUGCUCAGGGAAGAAGUGGCUGAGGAGGACCAAAAGUUUUACUUAUGUGAAAAUGAUGAUGAUGAGGAGGAGGUCAGCAGCCUGCACAGGAGGAGAAGCCCCAAAGAGGAUGGCUAUCACCCUGUUUACAGCGAGUUUGAGUGCUGUGAGAGGGUCGUGAUCAACGUGUCCGGACUGCGUUUCGAAACCCAGUUAAAAACUUUGUCCCAGUUCCCCGAGACGCUGCUUGGCGACCCAGAAAAAAGGAUGCGCUACUUUGACCCCCUGAGAAACGAAUACUUCUUCGACCGAAACCGCCCGAGUUUCGACGCCAUCCUCUACUACUACCAGUCCGGGGGGAGGCUGAAGCGGCCGGUCAACGUGCCCUUCGACAUCUUUUCCGAGGAGGUCAAGUUUUACGAGUUGGGAGAGGAGGCCUUGCUGAAAUACCGUGAGGAUGAAGGGUUUGUUAAAGAGGAAGAAAAACAGCUGCCAGAAAAUGAGUUCAAGAAACAAGUGUGGCUACUGUUUGAAUACCCAGAGAGUUCGGGUCCAGCUCGGGGCAUUGCCAUCGUCUCAGUGCUGGUCAUUCUAAUCUCCAUUGUCAUCUUUUGUUUGGAGACAUUACCCGAGUUCAGGGACGACAAGGAUAAUUUGCUGUCUCCUCCGGGGAUGGGAGAUGAUGGUACAGGGGAGGAUGGAGAGGGAGGGGCUUAUAAUGCAACUUUUCUAUUGAAAGAUAGUGGUCACACUGCAUUUAAUGACCCAUUUUUUAUAGUGGAGACUGUGUGCAUCAUCUGGUUCUCCUUUGAGUUUGCUGUGCGCCUUUUUGCUUGCCCAAGCAAGCCUGGAUUUUUUAAAGACAUAAUGAACAUAAUAGACAUUGUGUCCAUUCUGCCUUACUUUAUCACCCUGGGUACUGAGCUUGGGCAGCAGCAUCCCCCUCAGCAGCAGCACCUUGCUCUAGGCACAGGGCAACAACUUCCCCAGGGAUCUGGGCAGCAACAACAGGCCAUGUCCUUUGCUAUUCUGAGGAUAAUUCGGCUGGUUAGGGUCUUCCGCAUUUUUAAACUGUCCAGGCAUUCAAAGGGGCUGCAGAUACUUGGUCACACCUUGAGAGCCAGCAUGAGGGAACUGGGAUUACUCAUCUUUUUUCUUUUCAUUGGGGUCAUUCUAUUCUCAAGUGCAGUUUAUUUUGCAGAGGCCGAUGAACCCACAACCCACUUUCAGAGCAUCCCUGAUGCCUUCUGGUGGGCUGUUGUUACAAUGACCACAGUGGGUUAUGGGGAUAUGAAGCCCACUACUGUUGGGGGUAAGAUAGUGGGUUCCCUGUGUGCCAUAGCAGGGGUAUUGACUAUCGCACUACCAGUGCCAGUGAUAGUUUCAAAUUUUAACUACUUUUACCAUAGGGAAACUGAUAAUGAAGAACAAACACAGUUAACACAAAGCAGCUCCAGCUGCCCAUACUUACCCACGAACCUACUGAAAAAGUUGAGGAGCUCCACAUCUUCCUCUCUUCAGGACAAAUCUGAAUAUCUAGAGAUGGAGGAAGGGCUCAAAGAGUCUCUCUGUGUAAAAGACAAAGCUAUUGAAGGGACAGGGAAUGGCAACGAGACCAUUAAGUAUAACUGUGUGAAUUUAAAAAUUCUGGAAACUGAUGUGUGAAAUAUAUUUUUGGAACUUUCUCAGAGUCUAUUUAUGCAUUGAAGAGUGCAGUGAUCAAGCAAAUGAAAUAUGCAAAUCUAAUCAGAAAAUCGGCAGCCAGUUUUCUGAUUAGCUAUGAAAUACAGUGGCUUCCUGUUGUAAGAACAUACAAACUUGGGACCAGAUCAAAUGCUACAAGAAUAGCAGUGCCUGUUCUCUGGCUUUGUUUUUUUUUCUAAAGUGAGUUGUCCAUCCAUAGAUAAAAAUAUUGCAGUGUGACAGUCUGCACUAUUUCCUACUUUAGAGAGGGGUACAUGAUGCUUAUUUAAUAUGGAGCAGAAACCAUGGAAAGAGAACAGCAUGUAUUUUUUUGUACAUGACUGCUAUGUUUUCAAAAAUACCUGGCACCCAGUAAAAUUACAUUGUUUACUUGUUUGCUUAUGAACAUUUAUUUUUUUAUUAAAAUGUUUAUUCUUCAAAGAAUUCCACAUCAAAAGAAUAAUAAAAAAAAAAAAGUUUUUCUGUAGAUUCUGAUCCCAAUACCGCAAUGAAUUUUGUGCUUUUACUAAUGACUAUGGAACUAAAUUCUUAUGUGUAGUUCUAUACUCUGUAGUUCUAUAUUCAUCAUGUCUAAAUAUCAAAGAAAAAAAUGGCAGACUAAGGCAUUUUAGAGAUUAUAGAGAUAGAUAUAUAGAUGAUAGAGGAGGGUGUCUAAACUCAUUGCACAUGAAUGCUCUGAAAACUCUUGUGUUUUAUUUUUAAGUUCUCCGUUUCUUUCUAAAUUCCUCAGUAUGAGAUUAGCACGAAUAUAUAAUUGAUAUUGGGCGAGAAACAAUCUUAACAAUGUUCUUCUCGUUCCACUUAAGCUACACUUAAUUAUAUUAUAAUUUACUGUUCAGUUUUAUAAAUGAAAAAGCUGCCCCCUGCCUCCAUUGGAUAAGAGUUUUAUCUAAAUGUUUAUCCCAAAUUGCAAUCAGUAAGGGCUUCCAACUAUGCACACUAUCGCUGCUAGCAGAGCAUUUAUUAGGUGAGACUCCCGACAGGAUUGAAACUUUUUCUUUUUUGCUGCUUGUCGUGCAUUGAUUGGGAAUGCUUUUUUUACAUAACAGCAUAAGCUGGAUGAAUGAGGAAAUUUGACGAGGCAUCAUACUGUGAACCAUUUCUGUUAUUCUGAAGUUUGUAGACAAUCACUAAAACAGGACAUCUGGAGAUUCCUGUUGGUUAUAUUUCAGUGAAAGUUGUUCACUGCAGCUGGGAAAGUGCUGUUAACUUCGACAUGAGUGUUGUAUUUAAUACAGCUGUGUAGUUAAAGCAGUUUGUUUUAGUAUAUGUUUCAUUCUAGAUCAUUGGUGAAUUUGCACAGUUGACUAUAUUAUUAUUUCUGUCUUUCCGUCAACAUUACAGUAUGUUUUUUAGCCACAGCUAAAUUGAUAAUAUUUUUUUUCCAAACAGUUGCUUUAUUGUACUGUGAACUGGGCCUUAAACAUUUAAUAUAUACCAAAGCCCAAAAAUUAAUAUAUUUUCAUUAUAAUUACAGCUUAUAACAACCUAUAUAUAUAUAUAUUUUAAGUGAAAAAAAUAAAAACAGAUAACCAGUUUGUGUAAUGUCAGUCAAUUUAAAAAUCUUUUGCAAUUGAUUAGAACAUUUCUCCAUGUUUUGGAAAAGUUAAUCAACAAGUAACUUUUUUAUGAAUGCUAGUUUUUAGUUCAUCCUGUUACACUGAAGAGUAAUGUAGACGGCGUGUGUUAAACACAAUGUCUGGUUUACAGUGACAGAGGUCUUAAUGUUGUGAUUUUCAGAAAAACAGCUACUAUGUUAUUAGAAAAAGAAAUCCAGUUACGGUGUGUGGUGCAACUGAAGCAUUCCACAAUAUUCGAAGUAAUAUAUAAUUAUAAAUCAGUAAAUCAUUUUACGUUUACAGUCCACCCUUUUGCUGCUACGCAUUGUUUGUUUUCUGGGGGCAAUAUGUUUAAUCUGAAACAAGGUGCUGGGAUAUAGGGAAAUAUUAGAUGCUGCCUUGUCUACAGUAUGGGUUUACAAUAAUACAUAUCUGCAUAUAACUAGGGAUCGGCAAAUUAUUUCGCCUUGUUUCGCCGAAAAAAUGACGCCCAUAGACUUGUAUGGUGUUGUGCGUCAAAAUAAAUAGACGUGCGUCAAAAAAAUUUCGCCGCACGACAACAUUUUUUUGACGCCCAUAGACUGUAAUGGGCGGAAAAUUUUUGGCGAAACUAAACGUGUCAAAUUCACUCAUCCCUACUUAUAACUAGAACUGCUUUAAUAUAUUUCAGUGCCAGAAGUAUAAACGAAAAGCCUUGCUCAUCUCCUGGCCCUAAAACCUUCAUGAAUGGGUUAUUCAUUUGCAUAGCCUUGUGAAAUCCUUCCCUUUACAUGGUCCUGAAGCCAUGCCUGGUGGAAAUCUAAAAAUAAAGGGAUUAUUAUUUUGUUGGAUGUUGGGUAAGUACAUUUCAAUAAGCAGCAAUUUGUAGCCCCGUUAUGGAUAUGAUUAUGAUUUCAGCUUUGAUUCUAUAAUUGUUUUCAUGUAAAACUCAACUGGAUGCUUAUUGAUGAACUAUUGAUGAUUACUCAUUUUUUUUUAACUGUAAACAGUCAUGUUGCAAUCUUGUAUGGCAGACAACUAGAUGACAAUGGAAUUAAAGCAACAUCUCAAA